CAGAAGUCACGUGGUGCCUCCAGUCAAGAUGGCGCCGGUCAAGAGAAAACGUGGAGGUGUAGAAGCUACACCGAAAAAGAAAGUUAAAUUGGUGGAAAAUGGAGAAAAGAAGAAAAACGCCACGGAGGAACAGGACACUAGUAAAGAGAUCACGGUUCCGCCUCCGGUUUCUCUGGGUAAGUGGAAAAACAAGGAAAGGGUUUUAGUCUUCUCUUCCCGAGGCAUCAACUUCAGAACACGGCAUCUGAUGCAGGAUCUCAGGACCAUGAUGCCCCAUGCCAAAGCUGACACCAAAAUGGACAGAAAAGACAAACUGUUUGUUGUGAAUGAGGUUUGCGAAAUCAAAAACUGCAACAAGUGCAUUUUCUUCGAAGCGAAGAAGAAGAAAGAUCUCUACAUGUGGAUCUCAAACGUUCCUCACGGACCUUCAGCCAAGUUCCUGGUUCAGAAUCUGCACACACUUGCCGAGCUGAAAAUGACCGGAAAUUGCCUGAAAGGAUCCAGACCGCUCCUCUCAUUCGAUCCUAAUUUCGAUAAAGAGCCUCACUACGCCCUGCUGAAGGAGCUGUUCAUUCAGACUUUCUCAACGCCGCAGUAUCAUCCCCGGAGUCAGCCGUUCGUGGAUCACGUGUUCACCUUCACCAUCGCAGACAAUAGAGUCUGGUUCAGGAAUUACCAGAUUAUUGAAGAGGACGCGUCCCUUGUCGAAAUCGGCCCUCGCUUCGUCCUCAACCUGAUUAAAAUUUUCCAGGGCAGCUUCGGCGGACCCACGCUUUACGAAAACCCUCACUUCCAGUCGCCCAACACGUAUCGUCGCCUGCUGCGUCUUAGCAUGUCGGCUAAACAGAAAGAGAAGCAGAUGGUGAAGCAGAUCUAUCUGGAGAAAAGGAGCGAGACCAAGGAAGCCGUGACAAAAGACGUGACGGACGACGUGUUCGUCACGCCGGCGGAGGAGAGACCGCUCAAGGUGCAGCUCGAGGCUCCGGAACCAAAACCCAGCAAGAAGAAGAAGAAGCUGACGGAGCUGAAGAAGAAGAAGCUGCUGAAACGGAAAGGACUCCGGUGAAGAGCCGAAGAUCUUCUCAACUUUUUCACCUUGUCUUUUACUUUAUUCUUUUUACUUUUCAGCCUUCAAGUCUACCGGAUUUCUUUUUAGGACGUGUUAAAUGUGUUAUUCUGAAAGGACCUAAAAAUAUAAAUCUCAAAAAAUACUGCUGUGUUGAAUGUACAUUUAUUUGUUGCA